AUGGAGACUCAGCGGCCUGUUUCCCAGAAGUUGCCUGCAGGGUUGGCAGGGGUGUUGAACCCGGACGAAAACCGUGAUUCGGCCUACUUCUCCAGUACAGAUGCUUCGAGCAAGCACAACUCUGCCGCCUCUUGUGUGGGUAACGUCCUUAGUCCUACCGGCUCAGGAUACCAGUCCUCCUUGGCCGACAAAACGCCCUCGCCUGUGACUGCGAAUCUUGUUCCCCAACCGCUAGUCUCGCCCGCCCAAAGCAACAUGAGCGUCGCCUCAAUGGUCUCGCCGACGACACCUGGCAGUGCGGACCCCCGCCGAUUCGACCGUCCAACUUCCUUGGAAUCGGGCCAGCAACUGACCGCUCACGACCAUAUGGGUCUUGGAUCGCGAAGAGAAAGUGUCGACAGCAGGAUAAAUCAGGGUUUUCACGAGAUGAGGCUGGGCGGCAAUUCUCCCUACGCAAGCCAUAACCAAUCUACAGCGUCUAUACAAAAUACCCUCAACCAGCAACGGAACCCACGUCCCGGUCUGGAUAAUCUAUCGGUACACCGCAUCUCCAACGGCUAUCAGCCAAGUAAUGACAGAAAUCCUGACCCUAAUCCCAAGAUCAUUCGAACCGCCCCCGCCAUUACUGGCCCCGCGACAAGUAACAUUGCUCGGGCCGCCGAGCCGACUAAGGGUCAAGCCUGGGCCUUUCCAGAGGAGGAGAUUCAGCGGAUUGGCCCCCAUGACGCCUAUCUCGACUCAAGGCGUAGCAGCAUUGCCGAGUCUAUGGCCAGCAGCCAAUUUACCACCGAAUCGAGACUGCCUCCCGGCCAGAGGCGUUUGGACGAGCCUGCCGACUACAGCAACCGCCUUUCAAGCACAUCAUCCGACUUUCCUCCCGUACACCAUCACUCGUUGCAACAUAAGCAAAUAGGCGAUCUUCGCGACGAUGACGCUGCGUCACGAACUGGUUCCCAACCUUACAGCCGCACGCCCGAGCUGCGUAAGAGCCACAAGUUGGCGGAGCGGAAGAGAAGGACGGAGAUGAAGGAACUUUUUGACCAAUUGCGGGAUUUGAUGCCCCAAGAACGGGGCUCCAAAGCCUCCAAGUGGGAAAUUCUCACAAAGGCGAUUUCCGAGCAUCAGCGAAUGUCAGAAGUCAUUCGCAUUGUGCAACAGCAAAAUACGACAGUGGUCCAGGAAAACGACGGGUUGCGGCAAGACAAUCAUAAUUUGCGCGUUGACAUUCAACGCCUUCAAAACGAGUUGCACAAUCUGCGACUACAACAGCCGCCAACGGCCCAGGGUCCUCCCCAAACACAACAAGUAGCGCCACCGCCUCCGCCACAGGCCUCUUACCAGACUAACCCCUACGCCAACCGACGCGAGUUACCGCCUAUCAGAGGCUUAAACGGAGCGAUCCCCAACGGCCCCGACUCAAUGACUGGUGUUCAAUAUGAAGCACCUAGGAUUAAUGGAUACCGCCCUGCCGAGAGAUACUAG